AUGAGUGGAGUUGACAAGGGAACUGAUCCCAAUGGCACCUAUAGUCCUCCUCCUCGUGACGUUGUCUUAAAUCACUUCAGCCAUCGUCAUCCAUUGCUGCGAUUGCACCUUCGAGAGAGUGAAGGAAUCAAUUGCACCUUUUGCAAUAUCAGUAUCUCUGGUUGGGCUUAUGCUUGUGAGAAGCAUUGUGGUUAUUACCUUCAUGAGGUGUGUAGUAACUUCCCAAGAGAAAUUCACCAUGAUUUUCAUCCCGGCUAUGACCACACUCUUAAUCUUAGGCCGUUUCAGUUGGCCAACAACGAUGAGAAGUUUCAUUGCGCUGUGUGUGGUGAUGAUGAUUCUGUUCAUUCUCUAUUCCAGUCAUACUAUGGCUGCGAGUCGUGCAAUUUCAAUCUUCAUGUUGAAUGUGCUUCUGUACCUAUAGAUUUAUCUCGUAAUGUGAAAUAUCUGCUUCAUCUGUUUGUUUCAUUCCCAAUAACCAGUGAGGCUGCUACUAUCAUUUGUUCAAUUUGUGCUAAAGAUGUUCCCAGUACCGGAUGCUGGCUAUUUUACAACCAUGAGCAUGAUUAUCUCUGUCACUUCAAUUGUGCUGCUGUAUCAGAAUAUGGAAUGGAGAAUCAUUCUAUGGGGUACUUUUGCAGUGAUUGCAAUUACUUUAUCGAAAAGAUUUGCUUCUCGGUUCCAUUCAUGAUUCGACAUAUGUCUCAUCCUCAACACCCUCUCAAGUUAACUUGUUACUUGGAUUAUCAAAAUGAGAAUGUCAAUUGCUUGGGCUGCCAAGGUGGAUUCCAAAAUGGUCGUAGCAGGGCCUACUAUUGCGCUCCAUGCAAAUUAAUUAUAAAUCACCAGUGUGCUGGAGCUCCCAAGACCUUGACUCUGGCAGACAAUGUCUCUUACGAGCUCUUCUUUGAAUUCCCCUUUAAGCAAGAGAAUGCAGAGAUCAAGUGCAACAUUUGUUCCAAGAAAGUGGUGACCAAAGAUGGAAUGUUAUACUAUAGUUUGAAGCGUGAUGAAGCUUUGCACGUUGUUUGUGCCCUGAAAAGUGAAUCCAACAAUGAUGUGACCAAGAUGGACAGGUUAUCAGUUCAUCGUUAA